UUUCAUAAAAGUAACACACCCUUGAAAAUAGAGAGAGAGAAAUGGGUCAGAGACUAAUCUCUCUCUCACUUCUUACACUUCUGCUACUGACCAUAUUCUUGUCCGGAGCUGACAAAGCCUCGGCCGAUUCGGGGAACAGACGCCACGUCAGCCACCAGAACAACGGCAACGAAACCGCCGUGCCCGGUGGCGACGGCGGAGUAGGGAGGCUCCUGAGAGGCGGGAAGCAGACAAGUGGGUGUAACUUGUUCCAAGGAAGGUGGAGCAUUGACAUCUCUUACCCUCUCUAUGAUUCUUCUUCAUGUCCCUUCAUCGACGAUAAGUUUAAUUGUCUCAAAUUCGGUCGACCCGACAAGCAGUUUCUCAAAUAUUCUUGGCAACCGGAUUCAUGCGACAUUCCCAGGUUCAAUGGGACUGAAUUCUUGAGGAGAUGGAGAGGGAAACGAGUCCUGUUCGUGGGCGACUCACUGAGUCUGAACAUGUGGGAAUCGUUGGGAUGUAUGAUCCAUGCGUCGGUACCAAACGCCAAGACGACUUUUUCGAAGCAUGGCCCACUCUCUUCCAUCUCCUUCGAGGAAUACGGCGUCACAUUGUAUCUAUACCGAACACCGUACCUAGUGGAUAUCUCCAAAGAAAGCGUAGGCAGAGUCCUUAACCUAGACGCCAUAGAUGGUGGAUCCAACCUUUGGAAAGGAAUGGACGUUCUCAUCUUCAAUUCUUGGCAUUGGUGGCUCCACAAAGGGAAAAAAUCACAAGGAUGGGAUUAUGUGAGAGAUGGGUCUGCUUUGAAGAGCGAUAUGGACCGUUUGGAGGCGUUUUACAAAGGAUUAAGCACGUGGGCCAAAUGGGUUGACCUCAACGUUGAUUCUUCCAAGACCCGAGUUUUCUUCCAAGGCAUCUCUCCCACGCAUUACCAGGGAAGGGAAUGGAACGAGCCGAAGAAGACAUGUAUAGGGCAAACGGAGCCCCUGAGUGGGUCAACUUACCCGGGCGGCCCACCGCCGGCUACAGCCGUCCUGGCCAAAGUCUUGAGCUCGAUGAGAACGUCUGUCUACUUGCUCGAUAUUACGAUGUUGUCGCAAUUGAGAAAGGAUGCUCAUCCAUCCACUUAUGUUGGUGAUGGCGGCACUGACUGCAGCCAUUGGUGUCUCCCUGGUUUACCCGACACUUGGAACCAGCUUCUAUAUUCAGCUCUUUCCAUGUGAAAGAAUCUCUCUCUAUACAUUCUUGGAAGUUCAUAGAAUCUGACAAUACUAUGUUAUAAAGAAAAGGACAAAAUUUACAGGAUGAACUGUAAAGUGAUUCUUUUCGUGGAAAACAAUAAUAUAGUUUUCUUUCGUUAUGA